AUGUUCUCCCUUUUGUGGCUUUUCUAUGUCUUCUUGAUAAGUGCAGUAGUUGCAUUUUUCACCUAUGCGCUGUUCUUUCGAAAGGGAAAUCUUCAAGAUUCAAUAUCUGCACAGGAUAAAGUAAAAUUCAUAAAGAAGCAUGUCCCACCCACUGCAUCCAAAGGCUGGCAUCUCAACAGAGUCGACAGUGGCUUACGAGUAUGGCAAAAGAACUUGGGAAGCACUGCACCCCCCUGGGUACCAGCAAUAAUUUAUGGAUGUUCUGGAAUCAUUCCAGCGUCCCAGCGGGAAGUUAUAAAUAUCCUAAAAGAGCCUGGUCUGUUGUUGGAGUGGGAUCCACUAGUAAAGGAUGUGUCAAAAGUUACAAUGGCAACUACUCAAGAUGUUAUCUCAAUCUCAUUUAACUACACAAGUAUCAUAGCAAGGACUGUCUGCUACUUACGUGAGUGUUUUGGUGGAGAGAUAAAUGCAGUUUAUUCAAGACACUGGGAUAUAGAUACAAAGUCAGGAUCCCAAGCCUGGUUUAUGAGUUCAUUCAUUGAGCAAGUUAUUCCAGCAGAAGGAGCUUUAUGGUCCUGCUUUUUAGUGUCAUCAAUAGACAAUGGUGAUGAUGAACAAACUGAAAGUUUAGUAACUUUGGUUGUAGCCCCUGUAUCAGAAUGUUUUGCAUCAAUACCACAGUUAACGACAUCUAGAGUAGCAGGUCUUCAAGAUUUCUUCACACACUACAAACCUGACCAAUCACCUACCAAGUCUAUUGGCUCAGAAGCCAGCUCCACAACUCUUUCAUCAUCUGUAAGUGAUGAUCUUGUUAAGGAUUUAAGAGUUCACUCUGCAAUACCGUCAGGUAACAUUGACCAAGUGGAUUUACCAGGAAAAAUGACGGAGCAUAAAGAAACGGCCAGGAAAAAAGACAAGAGAAACCAAUGGACUACCAGUGACUCUUGCAUUCCUGACUUCUUAAGCAGCCAAAGUACAGAGAAUUUGCUUCAAAAACUUAAUGAGGUAUAUGAGGCUACAGAAGGGACAGAUAACUGGAUUACUGUUGGAAAUAUCAAGGGUGUUGAUAUUCUAAAGCGACCAGCAAGAGCAGGAGAGAGGCCGUGGGAUUGCUAUAAAGGCACAUCAGUAGUGUGUGUACCAGUUCACUAUGUUUUGGCGUACAUUAACUCACUGGAAUGCAGAGGAGAAUGGGAUGAUCUUUUUCUAAAAGGUAUUUUUCCAGAGGAAUAAUUAACAAUUAUUCACGGAAGUGGAGGUAAAUAUCCCCCACUUUCACUGACACUGAGGUGAAUCAUUGUUUUAGUAUAUACCACACAAGCUGAAUAACUAGCAGACCAAAGAGUAACUUUACUUGUGACAAUAUACCGACAAAUGGUCAGACAAAAAAAUUCGUGCGCCGUGCGAUGCUUGGAGGUGAAUAGUACUUGGCUAAUCACCUCCGAGCUAGCCAAUCAGCCUGUGCAAAAAGUACUAUUCACUUGUGUGGUAUAUACUAAUUUUGGAGAGUGUGAAGGAACUAAUACAUUUUAUAUGUCAAACAAACCAGACGUCCUCAUCUUACUGAAAUUAUUAAAGUCAAAGUUGUAAGGGCUCUUCGUAUGAGCUCAGUAACCACACUAGCUGAGUUGGUGAUCAGGAUGAAUUUUGUUGUCUGUUCAUGUGGAAGAUUUUACCUAGUCGACAAGGAUGGAAUUCAAGAAACAAAACCAAUAAGGUGCCACAUAAAGUUGUAUCAUCUGUUACUAUUGUAGCUUUGUUGACUCCUCAAACUUUACUGAUAAAGCUAAUUUGCAUACUUCCAAAGUGGAAUACAUACAACGCAAAAAUAUGCCAUUUUGACAGCUGCAGCUAUGCUGCAAAGGCAAAGCCAUUUAGUCAAAAAGUUUCCUCCCAGGUUGGAGGUUUCAUAUAGGAAAAUUUUCAUCCCAGUCACCAAGAUCUUGGUACCAAGAUCUUGGUUACUGAGCUGGCCCACCUCACAUGAACACAUCGAAAACAGGAGAGGCGAGAUCUCAGUAACAAGGCAAGCCCAGUCAACUGGGCUCAUACGAAGAUGCCCAGACUCUAUCAAGUAGCCCUCUCUGAAAUAAGCCCGUCCUGUCUGUUUGAAACAAGAAAUUAGCCCCCCUUCUUGGUUUCUUCCAUAACCUUAGCAACAAACGUCAGACUUUCCAGGCAAUGCAUUUAUACUGUACUAAUCCAUGUACAAAUUAACAUACAGUAUUUGCAAGCUAUGGGGGAAAAACAUUGUCGGUACUUGUACUCAAAAAGAAUAUAAAACACUUUGUUGAUCAAAGAGACUCACAAAAUAAGAGUGUUAUACUGAUGAACUACCUGAAUCUGGCUUUAAAUCAACCAAGCGCCUUGUCUAUUAAGCCAACACUCCCUCAAACUGAAACAAGUUUCAAAUAAAUAAGCGCUUCCCCCCUUCCCCCUCCGCCAGGGCAUAUAGAAGAUUUAUGGUAAACAAUUUCAUUUGUUAGCUUUUUUAACCUGUUUCAGACUUGGCAAAACAAACAAGUAAUAAUUACAGUUGUGGGUGGAAAAGCGUCAGAAUUAAGUUGCAGGAAAUAAAAAAAAAAUAGAGACUACAAGUACAUACAUACAUACACGCAUACAUACACGCA